AUGCCGCUCUCAGUGUCUCAGCGUCGUGCGGCCGUUCGGCAGUUUGUCGCUGACAAGCACGGUCGUACCUUGACCAAGAAUGGUUUGCAGCUCCCUUUGUUCUGGUUGGUGGACAAUGGAGCACAUCGUGCCUGCCAUCGACGCGUAUUGUCUAAGGCCCAGACGAUAGACGGCUGGAUGGGCCGCAGAAGCGACCCGACCCGGUGCAGAGGCUGGUCCCUGCCCCCGACGCUCAGGCCGGAUGCUCUGCGGCGCGCAGUCGCGGAGCGACGGCAGGCGGCUGUGGCGCGCGUCCGGCAGCGACGAGCAGAGCGCGCUUUAGGGGGCCUUGCGAGCCAAGAUCGACAUGGAGGAGAUGCGUCUGAGACGAAGAGAGAGCUUGCAGAGGAAGCUGGCGGGCUACUGGACGAGAGGAAAGAACUUGGUCAGGACUCGGAAGCUCAACGAGAGCCGGCGGGCGCCGUCCAGCUGCCAGAGGUCGAGCUCUACGCAACAGCGAGGGACGUGGCCCCGCCGGAGAAUGACCACCCGGGUCCUCUCAGCGCCGUCGAGGAGGAUGGUUGGGAACCGCCGCCAAGACCCUCCAUGCCGGCAAUGCCAGGUCCCCCAAUCCUCGCGGGCAAAGGUGCAGCCACUCUCGAGUCGAGCUUCUCAUCUCCGCACGAUUUUCUUCUGGAAGGUUCUGACGACGUCGAUGCCGACUUGCCCAGUGUAGGCCAAGGCGUUGCCGGAAGUCGGGAGACCGAAGCUCACACCCUGAGCCUGGGAGUGGAGACACCUUUACUCAGUGAUGAAGCUCUGAUUGAAUCAGCAACUCAAGCAGCUGCUUCUUGCCGAAGCUGUUGGCUCUUUUUUGUUCUGGAUCCGUGGAAAGUCAGCCCCGACUCUGACGACAUGGGUGCGAGUCACUCCGUCGAGCUGAACGCGAAUGUUGCGUGCCCCAGCCAGCCGGGCACUCUUUGCAUUGCCACUGAUCCGCUAGAUGCUUUGCCAACGCCGGUGACAGCGGAAGAAGCUUACGAGGAGGCCAAAGCUGUCAUGAGGUACCCGGUCGACUCAAUUGCCGAGGGACUGAUGAAGAAGUUCGAACUGACCGAGGUCGAUUCCAAGACUUUCGUCGUAAAGGCGAUCUUGGAUGGCCAGAAACUGGACAAGUUCGGCUACGGUAAGGGCGAUGGCACCGACAGAGUGAGGUUGUGGAAGAAGGUGGUGAUGGAUGAUGCUGCUCUCAGCCUGACAGUGAACGAUUUUGUCCCAGAGGCGGCUCUGGGUGCAUGGGUCGGUGAGGCCUCGGACAAGGUUCCUCUCAACAAGUGCAUCGUUCAGUUCGAGAGGAGCCCGCCAAAAAUGUACUUCAUCUUCGAUGACCAGGAAGGCAAGAGACAGGCCGACGAUGCAAUGAAGAAUGGACUGUAUACAUGGUCGGAUGCCAUCAUCGGUGGUGUCAUCACAUUCAAGACUGCCAAAGUAAAGGUGACCGGAAAUGCGCCUUCCAUCGUAGAUGGAGGAAAGUCGGAGAGCAUGAUUACAUCUCCCAUGGACGAUCUCGUGGGAUACGACAAAUUCUGGGACAAGCACCUCCAGUAUUGCAAGGACUUCGUCAAAAAUAUGCCUGGAGCUCAGUGCGAAGACAUAUCCCCCGACGAGUUCAAGGGCACGGUUGUUCUGGACCCCGCCAACCCGUCCGAGGUUACGACUCACAAGAUCGUCUCAUCGAAGUCCGACAAGAAGGUCAAUUGGACCGUCGAGUAUCAGGGCAAGGUAGUUUCCGAGAUGCAUCGCAUCGUUCAUCAAUCUCCGCUGGUUCUGGAGGGCUGGGACAUGGAUGCCACGGGAGCUCGUGUCGCCGGGACCUCCAAAGCCAAAGAAAUGCAGAAAGCCGUCAACGAGAUCGUCGCCAAGGCCAGCAGCUGGUUUGGCUGA